UCUCCUCCCUCUGUUAUAUAUAUUCCUUCUCCGCCGCCACCCGUCCUCUUCCCUUCGCGCAUCGCUCCACCCCACCCCGCCGCCGCCGCUUCGCCGCCGCAACCGCCACCGUCGCCAUGGCCCGGAUCAAGGUGCACGAGCUCCGGGGGAAGAACAAGGCGGAGCUGCAGGCGCAGCUCAAGGAGCUCAAGUCCGAGCUCUCCCUCCUCCGCGUCGCCAAGGUCACCGGCGGAGCACCCAACAAGCUCUCCAAGAUCAAGGUGGUGCGCACCUCGAUCGCGCGCGUGCUGACGGUGAUCUCGCAGAAGCAGAAGGCGGCGCUGCGGGAGGCGUACAAGAAGAAGAAGCUGCUCCCCCUCGACCUCCGCCCCAAGAAGACCCGUGCCAUCCGCCGGCGCCUCACCAAGCACCAGCUUUCUCUGAAGACGGAGAGGGAAAAGAAGCGUGAGAAGUACUUCCCCAUGAGGAAGUAUGCUAUCAAGGCCUAGGUCAGAACUGUGAGAUGCUGUGCCUAGCAUAUCAUCGGCUGUUUCUUUGCCUAGGAAGUGUUUUAAGUUUUGAUUUGUAUGGACCUUUGCUAUGGGUUGAAAGUACGGUACAUUUCCUCUGUUACCUCAAAUACCUAGAUGGGUUCAAGGGGCAAUUCGUAUUGGCACUGGAACCUUGCAUGUUUGGUGUGAAAUGUCCUGUCUACAGUGAUGCUGAAGGAUGAUUUUUGCGUA